AUGUCACAACAUAAUGACCCGUUCGAACUCGACGUCGAAAGCACAGAAGGAGAUAGGGGCGAAAAAAACAGCAGUAGCAGCAGCGAAGAAAUUGACAUUGAGAACUUAACUCACGAGCCUAGCGUAGUGAUAGAAGCUUUACCACACCUACCAAGCAUAAUCGCGUCCCUGACUCCUACUUCACAUCCACAAGCGUCCGAGUCAACAACUACUAGUGCCGUUAAAGCCUCUCCUAAUAACAAUGCAGCAGCACAACUUCGAAAAUUGUUAAAGCGCGAAACAGAGCUACGUCUUAGAAUCGAUGAACUUAUGGACGAAAUUGCAAAUUUAGAAGCAGUUACGGGUGCAAGCGUGGCACAUGAACCUGGUGCUAGUGCUCCUAUCGUUCCUUGUGAUAGUAAUAGCAACGGAUAUGAUGGUGGUGGAGCACAACCCGAAGUGGAGAACGAUAUUCGAUGGGAAGAAUUCGAAGCGCCAGAUUGGUGUAUUCCCAUAAAGGCUAAUGUGUUGACUUUUGAUUGGGAUGAACUCGCAAAUGAAUGUCAAUUCGACGUAAUUCUCAUGGACCCACCAUGGCAACUUGCGACUCACGCACCCACGCGCGGUGUGGCCAUUGCGUAUCAACAACUUCCUGACGUGUGUAUCGAAGAAUUGCCGAUCGCAAAACUACAGAAGAACGGAUUCCUCUUCAUUUGGGUCAUCAAUAAUAAAUAUGCGAAGGUGUUCGAUAUGAUGAAGAAGUGGGGGUAUACAUAUGUUGACGACAUCACAUGGGUUAAACAGACUGUAAAUAGAAGAAUGGCUAAAGGUCAUGGAUUCUAUUUGCAGCAUGCUAAAGAAACUUGUUUAGUAGGAAAAAAGGGAAUAGAUCCACCGGGAACUCGAUAUUCUAUUUCAUCGGAUGUUAUAUUUUCCGAAAGACGAGGCCAAAGUCAAAAACCCGAAGAAUUAUAUGAGAUGAUUGAAGAACUCGUACCAGAUGGAAAAUAUCUUGAAAUAUUUGGACGCAAAAAUAAUCUCCGUGAUUACUGGGUUACAAUAGGAAAUGAAUUGUAA